AUGGAGCAAGCUCCACCUUCACUCCCCCAACUCUUCGGCAUCAUCCCCACCGGCCACCCCCCAAUCAUAACCCCCACCUCUGCCCCCUCACCCACCUCCUUCACAUACACGCUACCCGCACAACCCUACCACCACAUCUGCGUCUUUCUCCUCCCAGGCAUCACUCUCCCGCCCUCUACCGCAGCCGCCGUCUACAUAUCUCUUCCUUCUUCCUCCUCCUCUGCAGAUAUACCACCCUUUAGAUUUCUCGGGGGCAUUGGUCCUGGCAAGGAAAGCGCCAUAUUUAAAAUAAACCGAGAUAUAUCUCUUCCGACCUCAAUUGCAAACCCCAACCCCAACAAUCCCCCCGAAAUCGAUAUGGACGCCCCUUCUAGCGUACCCCAGAACCACGCAGGUGAAUUAACCAUCGGUAUAUCCCUCGAAUCCAGCGCCUCCGUAUCUGCACAGAUGUCCCUCCUAUCCUCCGCCUCCACAAACCCCCCCUCCACACCCCUUCUUCUUCCCCCUCAGAAUCCCAAUCCCAAUCCCGAUACCCUCCUCCUCGCCCAACGCAUCAUUAAAAACGCCUUUAAUUUCCUAUCCAGUUUCAGUGGAAAUAUCGCUGAUACCAGUCAUGGUAAUGGGAAUGGGAACGGAGGGAAGGGGAUAGAAGUUGUUCCUUUGAAGGCUUUUGAGGAGUGGUGGAGGAAGUUUGAGGGGAGGGUGAGGAAUGAUCCGGGGUUUUUGGAGAGGGGUGGGGAUUGA